AUGGGGAAAGAAAACUCUAAUAAAACAAAUGAAAAUUAUAAAAAUUUUGUUGAUUGCUAUUAUUUGUUAUUAAGAAAAUUCAAAAAAAAAAGUUCCUAUAUAAUAGAUGAAUUUUUAAUAAAAGAAAAUAAAGACAGCAAUGGAGUUUUAACAAUUUAUGAAGAUAUAAAUAUAGACUCAUUUUACUUUUUAAUUUUAUCAAUGAUUGAUUCCAAUUAUGAUAAAAUAAAUAUCCUAAAUGUACAAAACGGAAAUAAUAUAAUAAGAGCUAUUUGUUUUUACAUGGAUAACAUAAAAAUAAAUGAAUUAUUAAAAAAAAAUACUAAAAAUAUAAGAAAUAAAAAUUCUAAUUUAGAAAAAAAUAAUAAUAAUAAUAAUAAUAAAAUUAAAAUAAAAAAAAAGGACAUUGAAGAAGAAAAAAAUAUUGAUAUUAAUAAAAAAUCUCAAUGUAAUAUAAAUUCUUUAAGCAUAUUCAAUAGUAAUGUGGAUAUAAAUGGAAUAAUACUUCUUUCUAAAUCAUUAUAUGAUAAUAACUAUUCAAAAAUAGAAAAUUUAUCCAUAGACUGUAACCCUUUAACAUUUGAUUGCGUUAAAUAUUUAUCUUUCUCAUUAUGUAAUUACAAUAAUUUAAAAAAUUUAAGUUUUCAAUAUUGCAAUUUAAAAAAUGAUUCUAUUAAAUAUAUAAUAGAUAUAAUUAUAUAUUUGAACUCAUCGUUACGUACUUUGAAUUUAAGUGGUAAUAAUUUUACCAGUGAAGGAAUGAGCAAACUUUUUGAAAGUUUUUUAUUAAAUCACUCCUUAACUAAUGUCGAUGUUUCUUAUAAUAUGUUUAAUUUAGAUAAUUUAUUUACUGAAAUAUUUUGUAAACUCAUAAUUAGUGAAACAAGCAUCUCAAAUAUAACAUUAAUUGGAAACUUUAUUGAAGAAAAUAACUUGUCUAAAAUUAAUGAAGCUAUGAAUUAUAAUAAAUCUAUUUCUAUUUUAAAAUUACCACAAGAGUUAAUAUGCAAAAAAAAGGAAAAAACAUUCUUUUUCUUAAUAUUUCAUUUUAUGUCUAAAUAA